AUGCCGAUAACAGCACAUCCAGCAUUUAACAAAGCUUGUUGCUAUUUUAAAAUAAAAUUAAAACGUAUUCCAUUAAAUCCUCAAACACGUGAAGUUGAUCUUUAUCAAAUGCGUCGAGCAAUAACUAAAAAUACUUGCAUGCUUGUUGCAUCAGCGCCGAAUUUUCCACAUGGUGUUAUUGAUCCAAUUGAAGAUAUUUCAAAAAUUGCUAUGGAAUAUAAUAUUCCAUUACAUGUUGAUGCUUGUUUAGGUGGUUUUCUUAUUGCUUUUAUGGAUCAAGCUGGUUUUCCAUUAAAACCAUUCGAUUUUCGUCUACCGGGUGUGAUGAGUAUUAGUUGCGAUACACAUAAAUAUGGCUUUACACCAAAAGGUACUUCGGUGAUUCUCUAUCGAAAUGCAGAACUUCGUCAACAUCAAUUCUUUGCUGUAGCGGAUUGGCCAGGUGGAAUUUAUGGUUCACCAACAGUUGCUGGUAGUCGUUCUGGUUAUUUAAUUGCUUGUUGUUGGGCUACACUUAUGUAUUAUGGUCUUGAAGGUUAUAUUGAAGAAACACGAAAAAUUAUUCAAAUAGCACGAUAUAUAGCUGAUGGAUGGAGUAAAAUUGAUGGUAUUUAUCUUUUACAUCAACCAGAUGUAAGUGUUGUGGCAAUUAGUUCAAAUAAAUUUAAUAUUUAUUAUUUAUUCGAUGGUUUACAUGAAAAAGGAUGGCAUUUAAUUGGUUUACAAAAUCCACCAGGUAUUCAUAUUGCUGUUACACAAGUUCAUACUCAACCGGGUAUUGUUGAAAAACUUCUUGAAGAUACACAACAAUGUGUUGAUGAAAUUUUAAAAUCUGAUAAUAAAACAGAUACAGUAACAGUAAGUAUAUAA